AAUCUGUGGUCUGAACUCUGACAGUCUGACGUUGUGCUUGUGGUUGUUUUUAAUUUGCAAUUUGCUUGCUUUUUGGAUUCGGUCUAUCUCAAGCUUUUUUCAUUUUUGUGAAUGUUUGAUUAUUGAUUUCUAGCCCUUCAAAAACAAUAACUUAUGUGUGAGCAGAAAUAAUGAGUAUCACAUGUUUCGACGUAUAGCCUGUGCUUUGAUGAAAUUAAACUAUAAGUUUGUGAUAUGUUGAGUGAUGUCAUCAGUCCACUGCGUGGUGGUCUGGGAGUGGCAGCAUGAGGGACAGUGGCUGCCGCACUCUCCCGGAGUGGCGAGGACUCUGGAGCGAGCGCACGCCAAGAAGCUGACAAGGGUGGUGUUGUCUGAUGCAGAGCCAGCAUUGAAAGGGCACUAUGUCAACUUGCGAACUCUCACACAGAGCUCUGAUACACCAGGUGUGGAGGAGUGCGCCGUGCGGCGUGCGUGCUACAGCGUGCAGUCGCCGGGCGGCCGCGGCGCGCGCUGGGAGUGGGCGCGCCUGGCCGACCCGCCCCGCGCCGCCGAGCUGAGAUACGACCCCCUGCCCAUGGAGGUCCAAUGUCGGCUGGAAGAGUGUUGGUCGGUGGGGGGCGAGGCGGUGCAGUGGGAGGGCUGGCUGCUGUGCCUGUGCAGCAUGACGGCGCGCGGGCCGCGGGGCUGCGCGCUGCGCCUGCUGCGCCGCGCCGCGCACCCGCCCUACCCGCUGGCGCGCUCUGAGCCGCCGCCCGCGCCGCUGCGCCCGCCGCCGCCCGCGCCGCCCGAGCGCCCGCACGUCGACGGACGCAGACCACGCAUCCCUCAGCAGCAUACAGGCUCCAGUGUGCACUCGGUGCAGUCCAUGCAGUCCGUACAGUCCACGCAGUCGGCCAAAUCUGUGCAGUCGGUCAAGUCGGUGCAAUCAUCCAAAUCGCUGCAGUCGUCCAAGUCGGCGCCGGCGCCGCGGGACCGAGGCGGUGCCCGGAGCGCCUCGCCCAAAGACAGGAAGCCCGGCCUGGCUCGACAGAUUUUACACAACCUUAAUAUAUUUAGUAGUAAUAACAACAAAACAGCAGCAGCAGGAGAGCAGCAGAGCGCCGAGGAGCAGCGGCACACCGACACGGAGUGCGCCAGCACGCGCUCCGGCCGGCGGCACAGCGUCGACACCGUCUCCACCUACCUCAGCCACGAGAGCAAGGAGAGCCUGCAGCAAGCGGCGGUGGGCGAGCUGCUGAACUGCAGCGCGGGCAGCGACGACGUGUUCGAGCCGCUGCCGCAGUGCCGCCCGCCCGCAGCCGCUGCCGACCCGGACGUGGGACCUCGCGCUCGGCACGUCGGGCACGUCGGAGAGCGAGGGCUCGCCGCCGGAGGACGAGGGCGCGGAGGUGGAGGGCGAGGAGAGCGUGUGGCGCUGGGUGUCCGAGGUGUCGCCGCAGUGGGGCGCGCUGUGCUGGGCGUGCGCGCGGCCGCUGGACGACGCGCGCGCGCCGCACGUGCGCGUCGUGGCGCUCGCGUGCCACCACGUGCUGCACCUGCGCUGUCUGCGCGCGCACCUGGCGCGCCUGCGGGAGAGAGGGGUGAGUGUCCGCGGUGUCCCGCAGUGGGGCGCGCUGUGCUGGGCGUGCGCGCGGCCGCUGGACGACGCGCGCGCGCCGCACGUGCGCGUCGUGGCGCUCGCGUGCCACCACGUGCUGCACCUGCGCUGUCUGCGCGCGCACCUGGCGCGCCUGCGGGAGAGAGGGGAGAGCCCGUACAUCGAGUGCGUGGUGUGCGGGCACGAGUUCGGGCGCCGCUCGCCGCGCGUGUUCGGCGAGCAGCCGCCCGGCUCCAUGGCGUGGCGCCGCCAGCCCGCCGCGCUGCCGGGCCACCCCGACACGGCCGCCAUCCUCGUCACCUACAACUUCCAGUCGGGCAGGCAGGGGCCGCGCCACCCGCUGCCGGGCGCGCCGUACUACGCCGUGGGCUUCCCGCGCCACUCGCUGCUGCCCGACACGCCGCUGGGCAGAGAGGUGCUGGCGGCGCUGCGCUGCGCCUGGGAGCGGCGCGUGCUGUUCACCGUCAGCGCCUCGCAGACCACCGGCCGCGAGCACGUGGUGGCGUGGCGCGUGCCGCCGCCGCCCGCCGCGCCGCACCACUACCUGCCGCCGCACCCGCCGCGCCCGCUGCCGCGCCUGCUGGCGCACCUGGCGCGCCUGCUGCGCGACACGGAGAGCGCGCCCUAGCCCCCCCUCCCCCGCCACUGCCUGCCGCCGCACCUGGGGCGUGUAACAACAUCGUAAGAGUUUACACUAACGAACGCUAUUCUGAGACUGGAAAAGAUCUGCUUUUAUCAGCUAAUUAUUUCCAGUGUUUAUUUAACGUUUACAUAUUAUAAUCUCAAAGUCUUGUCUUUAUUGUUUAUCUGUAGACAACAUUAAAAUCAUAGUUAAAUUAUUUUGUGUUAAGUAUAAGUAACCAAUGUUGCAUUUUGUUAUCUCUGAAUAUAGGAGUAAAUUUUUAAAAUGUAAUAUUAUGGAUAAUUGAAGCUAUAGAAAUUACUCUUAUCGCACUGCAUCAGAUGUGCAUUUCACUUUACGUCCGAAUAGUAGUAGAUUUAACUAGGCAACCUAUUCGCAAAUGUCACUGUGAACAUUGUCUAACAUUUAUUUAUUAUCACUAAUGAUAUAUUUCUGAUGAUGAGUAUAUAUAGACUUUUAGUCUCAAAGGAGACGUAAUGCGCAAGCUCUCCGAAUUUCAUUGACAAUUUAUUGAAUGACUGAUCGGAUGCAGUGAGAAAAGACAAUAGUAAUAAUGAGAGAUUGUGUCGUCACAGUGACUAGAAAAUAUAAUAUACGUGUAUAGGUAUAUGAUGUGACAUAGAUGACACAAAAUUACUUCUUACGUAGAUGUUGUCGUAAUGUUAAAUGUGUAGAUCAUCCCUGAUAAGAAUGCUUGUAGCUGGUCUGUUGGUGUAUACGAGUACCAGUUUGCCGUGUGAGAAGGUGAGGAGUAAUAAAAAUACGUGUUUUAAUCUUCAUCGGAUUUAAUAUUUUACAAAAUGCAUUAGGUCACUAGAGCUAAAAAUAUAUUCAAGUCGAGUGGCAAGCGUCGACAUGUGCAUGAUUUACAAUAGCGUUAUCAACUUAUGGAUAAUCUAUAUACGAAAUAUUACUAUGGACACGCUACAUACUGCUGUCAGUAGGUAAUAAUCGUAAAGAAUUAAAACUGGAUGACUUAAAUAAGGUAUCUCAAGAUCGAGAAUACCGUACUGAAGCGCAAACCCUUGAUGGAUUAUGAUCGUUGUGACAAUUACAACUUUUGUGCACCAAAAUCUCAUUUCUGAAACCGAACGAAUUAUUGAGAACUUUCCUAUCAGGGAAGACAAUUGUACGAGUGUACAUAAAUUACAAUUCUUUAACUGAAUCUAGGUUAUGUAUUCUACAGUCUUCCUAUGCUAAUGUGUCUUCCAACACUGUUCAACUAAGAAUAAUUGUUAAGUAUUUAAUUAAUGUUAAGCUUUGGACAUUUUGUUAUAUUUAAGACUGAUAUACAAAUAUUGUUAACAUGACAUAUUAUUUUCGUUUAUAUAUUAGAUCUUGCCAACAGGUGCCUUAGCAUUAAGCAUAUUAUGAAGUUAGUAAAUAAGUUGGAUAUCGAGUCUUCCCCUAACAGAUCUUCCGAUGAAUAGCUUUACAAUAUAAGAUAAAACGUUUUUAUUGUAUAGAUGGAAUUAGAGUUAGUUUUACAAGUCGUCGAACGAUCAUGUUGAAGCUUUUAUUAUUAUUAUUAUUUAGUAAAUAAAUACAUUUACAUCACAAUAUUA